UCCCUCACCGCCAUUUUUCAGAGAGAGAGAGAGGAGAAAUGAAUUCGAUAUCAUCUGCUUUCUUCUCUCAGAUUCUUCCAUCUCUUUCUUCUCCUUCAAAUCCCUCCGACAAAACCCUCUCUCUCUUCUCCAGAGAUGGACACCGAAUCCUACGGCUGUCGUUAACCGGACGAAAUCACAGGCACCGUCCGAUCUGCUCUUCUUCUUCUUCUUCCUCUUCCUCUUCUUCUUCUGGAGAAAAUUCCUUCAAUUCGAAUUCCGCAUUUGAGAACGGGUCGAGCUUUUGCAUUAUAGAAGGACCAGAGACUGUUGAUGAUUUUGUCCAGAUGCAGCUGCAAGAGAUUCAAGACAACAUAAGAAGUCGGCGAAACAAAAUUUUCCUCCUCAUGGAAGAGGUUAGGAGAUUAAGGGUGCAACAACGCAUAAAGAGUGCUGAGUUCAUUGAUGAAACUGGCGAGGAAAACGAGAUGCCCGAAAUUCCAUCAUCUAUUCCCUUUCUCCCUCAUGUGACACCGAAGACAUUGAAACAGCUCUAUCUAACAUGCUUUUCGUUAAUAUCUGGGGUGAUCAUCUUUGGAGGCCUUCUUGCACCUAUUUUGGAGCUGAAAUUAGGAUUGGGUGGUACCUCAUAUGAAGAUUUCAUUCGCAGCUUGCAUUUGCCACUGCAAUUAAGUCAGGUCGAUCCCAUCGUGGCAUCAUUUUCAGGUGGGGCAGUUGGUGUUGUUUCAGCAAUGAUGUUGGUCGAAGCCAACAAUGUUGAGCAACAAGAAAAGAAAAGAUGCAAGUACUGCAAUGGAACUGGAUAUUUAGCAUGCGCCCGAUGUUCAGCAAGCGGGGUGGUUUUGAGCAUUGAACCGAUUUCAAUUUCUGGCAGUUCGGAUUCUCCUUUGUGUGCACCUACAACUCAAAGGUGUCUAAACUGCUCGGGCGCUGGAAAGGUUAUGUGCCCCACCUGCCUAUGUACCGGAAUGGUCAUGGCGAGCGAACACGAUCCACGGAUAAAUCCAUUCGACUGAAAAGGACCAGUGAUCUUUGGUCGAAGUUCGAACAUUCUACUGCUUCCUGACCUUUGCCUCAAACAAUUUCAACUGCGGAUUCAGAUUCAAGACCUUACAAGAAAUGGAGUACACUAGAGAUAUUGCAACGUUGAAAUGGAGUGAUCAUAGUGCUUUUUUCCUAU